AUGGACCCCUGCACAGGUGGGAACGGAUGUGCCCACAUAUGUCGGAGUGAGGAUGGAGUGGCCAGGUGUGCCUGUCACCCAGGCUACCAGCUGUCUGAAGACAAAAAGGCCUGUGGAGACAUAAUCGAGUGUGCUGAAGGGCUUGCUCACUGUGGCCAUCGUGGUGUGAACACAAUGCGAUCUUUCAAUCUUUCAUGUGCCUGCCACUCUAGCUUUGAACUGGGAGCUGAUGGAAAACAGUGUUACAAGGUUGAAUUGGAAAUUGUCAAUUGCUGUGAAAGGAACAAUGGUGGUUGUUCCCAUCACCGUGAACGUGUACUUGAUGGGCCCCGUUGUUCCUGUAACCAUGGACACCGGAGUGAUUCAAAUGAGAAUACAUGCAUAGACCUUGAUGAAUGUGAGAGUGGAGAAGCCUGCUGUGCUCAGCUCUGCAUCACCUUUUCUGGAGGCUACGAAUGCAGUUGUCAGAAGGGCUUUGGGAUCAGUUCUGAUGGUUGUGGAUGUGAUGCUUUAGAUGAUGAUGAGCUAGAUGAAGAAGAAGAGGAAUUGGAAGGCAUGAGGUGUCCAGGCCGUUUCAAGAGCCCACCUCAACUGCUUCAUGAUGUUGCUACCUCGCUGCCUCCCACCUACAAAGAUGAAGAAGAUGCGGAAGAAGAGGAAAAAGAAAUUCGAGGAGAACUCAACUGCUUUGUGCAAAUUUGUUUAGAUCAUAGCUUGGGACACGACUGCAGUUUGAGCUGUGAGGACUGCAUGCAUGGAGGUAGAUGCCAGGAAGGGAAGAGUGGAUGCUCCUGCCCCAUUGGCUGGGGUGGCAUUCUGUGUAAUGAAACCUGUCCCAAGGGGGCCUACAGAGCUGGCUGCUCUUCAGAAUGUCAGUGUGUGGAGGAGAUCACCCUGGAAUACAGUGCCAAAAAUGGCAGUUGCACCUGCAAAUCUGGUUACCAAGGCAACAGAUGCCAGAAAGAUGGCCUCUGGGGACCACAGUGCCAGUUCUCCUGUGGAUGCUGCAAGAAUGGAAGUCAGUGCAACAAAAAAUCUGGCAACUGUGAUUGUCUUCCUGGUUACAUGGGAAAGGCCUGUACCAUGGAUAAAUGCGUAUCCCUUACCAAUCUGGUUCUCAGCGGGCGGUCCAGCCUGAUGAAGUAUCAGCAAAAUGUCAGCUCCCACAGAGAAGUGCGACAGAGAGGCGACACUGAAGAAGUGACAGGCCUUUCAAAAAGCUAUUGUGCAAAUUCAGUUUUAAAAUAG